CUGCGCUUUAUGAAUGGCCUCGUAGUCUUCUGGGACCUGUUAUCUGCAGUCUCUGGUCAUCUCCUGUACUCUGUCUGCUGUCUCUGGUCAUCUCCUGUACUAUGUCCGCAGUCUCUGGUCAUGUCCGCAGUCUCUGGUCAUCUCCUGUACUAUGUCCGCAGUCUCUGGUCAUCUCCUGUACUAUGUCCGCAGCCUCUGGUCAUCUCCUGUACUAUGUCUGCAGUCUCUGGUCAUCUCCUGUACUAUGUCCACAGUCUCUGGUCAUCUCUGUACUAUGUCUGCAGUCUCUGGUCAUCUGUACUAUGUCUGCAGUCUCUGGUCAUCUCCUGUACUGUGUCUGCAGUCUCUGGUCAUCUCCUGUACUGGUCUGCAGUCUCUGGUCAUCUCCUGUACUAUGUCUGCUGUCAGUCUUCUGGU